CUUCCUGGACCCGGUGCGGGUAGACAGCUGCGGUUGGCGCUGCGUCAGUUGGAGCUUAAGAAGUUGCAUGCGGGUGUCCAAGACAAUGGCCAAGAACAAAUAUCUAGAGCAAAAGGCCAGGAUUAUAAGUGUACUUCAAAUGGCCAGCCAAAAACACUUUAAAUCUAAAAACAAAGCAAAACCAGUUACCACUAAUCUUAAGAAGAUAAACAUUAUGAAUGAAGAAAAAGUUAACAGAGUGAAUAAAGCGUUUGUAAAUAUACAAAAAGAACUAGCACACUUUUCAAAAGGCCUUUCUCUUGAACCUCAGCAGAAAGAACUGAUUCCUCAGCAGCGUCAUGAAAGUGAACCAGUUAAUGUUGAUGAAGCUACAAGAUUAAUGGCUCAGUUGUAAUACAGUGGUAAUGGAUCUAAUUGCUCAAAAAGACCAAUAAAUUAAAUGUUUCAUACAAUUUUAUUUUUAAAAAUCUUGUUAAUGUACAGGCAUUGGCACAUUUUAAAAACAAACUACACAAACAGAUCUUUCCUAUAGUCUAGGAAAGUGGAAUGUCAGAAGUCAACAAAAUGUGAUAAACUUAAAGUGCUAAAACAGAAGGCACUUCACAAAAUCUGUUCACUGAAACAGUUA